AUGUUUUAUCCACAAUAUCUAUCUAUCUAUCUAUCUAUCUAUCUAUCUAUCUAUCUAUCUAUCUAUCUAUAUAUAUAUAUAUAUAUAUAUAUAUAUUCUGUAUUUCUUACUCUGUUAUUUUUCCUCAUCGCCUUCCUUCAUUUUACUGGUGGUCAUAUUUCUUCUGCCAUUUUGCUUCUAGAUCUUUUGGCCAUUCUAUUCUUGAUUGAUUUCGCAACCACCUUUGAAAAGGAGACAGAAAACGACCUCAGAUACUUUGGAGGGUUCUCCCUCUUUUUCAAUGGUUCCCUGUUAAUCCAAUUAUCUCUCUCUCUCUCUCUCUCUCUCUCUCUCUCUCUCUCUCUCUCACACACACACACACACACACACACACUCUCAGUUAUUUUUUUUAAUCUCUUUUUUUUUCUCCAUUAUAUCGUCCUUUUCUUUAUUUCUUUUUCUUCUUCGUUAUCUCCUUUUCUUUUUCUUUAUUUUUUUUUCUUCUCCCUUAUCGUUUUUACUUCUUCCAUAUCUCUUUUUUCCUAA